AUGGCUUCGGUUCUGAAACUCAUCUGGUUCCUGUUCUUCAAACCGCAAUCGAUCUGGUCUCACUGGUAUCUAACGGAGGUGUUGGAAGGGAACCUGAAUAACUUCUGGGUCAUCAACACAAAGCAGAAAAAUUCUUGGUUAGCAAACAAACUGCUGCUACUAAGAGACACUGCCUAUCAUUGGAUGAACCACGUUGUUGGAAAUGGAGAAACCACUUACUUUUGGACCUCUAAUUGGUCUCCUUUUGGGAAGCUAAUCAACUACCUACAAGGAGAAUCUUGCUACUCAGUCGGUAUCCCCUUCUCUUCAACUCUUGCGGAGCUCUGGGAGAUGGACCAUUGGCUUACUGACUCUGUUGAUAUGGUUGAAUGGUCACCUCUCGGAACUCCAACGCAACUCUACUCUACAAGGACUACUUAUGACAUCCUGCGCGGUCCCUCUCAUGAGGUUCCCUGGCACAAAGAGGUUUGGUUCGGUGGUGGUAUCCCAAAACACAAAUUCACUACGUGGCUAAUGGUUCUGAACAGAUGUCCUACGCUAGAUAGAAUGUUGCAGUGGGGGCUUCAAACUGAUGGUAUGUGUCUCCUUUGUAACUCUGUACCUGAAUCGCGAUCACACCUACUCUUCGAGUGCACCUACUCUUGGGAGAUCUGGUCCACCAUCUCUACUCGCUGUGGUUAUUCCCCCUCUCCUCACUGGGAAACAGAGCUCUCAAAACUACAGGCAUUCAAGGACAAGCGCUUUCGGAAACUCUUGCUAUUGGCGUGGCAGGGAAGCAUCUAUAUGAUCUGGGCGGAGAGGAACAAUAGGCUCCACAGACAAAACUAUCGCUCGACGUCGUCCACUCUAGUAGAGCUUGACCAACUGAUCAGGCGGAGGAUUGCAUCUUUCAGGACAUCUAACCCUUCGCUCUCCUCCAAACUCUUUCAAACUUGGUUCUCAUCUAUCUUCCACCAUCGUCGUUAA